GCCAAAGUGGGACGAUCCGGGUGCUGUGGACAGUUCGGUUCGAGAUUGCCAUUGCACGCGCCGGCUCUCUUGACCCAGCUGGCAACAAGAUCGAGUGCGAAGUUCAUCCAUUUGCGAAUCGGACAUGCAGUGGUUUGACCGCUGGCGCCGGUCGUCGCUCUCGUCGUCGCUCGGGCCGCGCUCGACGCUCUCGCUGCACAAGCAGGCGCCGCCGGCGUCCAUCUUUUGCUUUCCCCACGACGUGCGCACGCUCAGCGACGCCGACCUCGUUGCGCACGGCGACCUCCUCGCGCGCCGCUUCCUCCGCCUCUGCGGCAGCACCAAGCACAUGCAGCACAGCGGGCACCGCCCGGUGGUGGCCAAGUACGACAAGGCCGCACACCUCUACACGGUCCACGCGGUCGUCGAAGUCGAGCACAGCAGCGUCAACGAGAUCAUCGAGCUCCUCGCCGGCGACAUGGACCCGUCGACCGCGCACCACGGCUUUAACGUCUUCAUGGCGCGUGUCUUCGGCGCGGACCUCGUGGCGACCACCGACGUCCGCCGCUGCGCACCGACCGAGCCGACGACCAGUGACGACGACGACGACAGCGAUGAUGUGCUGAGCGACGAUGUUCACGAUGCGGCCACGAGCACGCUCGCCCGCCUCGCGCGCGCGGGCGUCGACGGCUGCGCGUCCGUCAAGCAGUCAGUGUUUGCGCACCACGGUCUCUUUACCAAGCGGCAAUCCGAAUGGCUCGUGCUCGACUACGCCAAGCAGCUCAGCGACAAGUCGUUUGUCCGCGUCUUCAAGAGCGUCGACAACAACGUCUCGCACCCGACGCUCGAGCGCAAGGGCCACAAGAAGACGCGGGUCAUGACGCGCCACAAGCACCUCCUCUUUGGCUUCCACGUCGAAGAGGUGCAGGGCGUCUGCCGCAUCACGUUCCACGCCUCCCACUUCAGCCUGCACGCGCAAAAAGAGACCCAAAUGUACCUCGAGCGCAUGGCGGGCUCGCUGAGCGGGAUGCCGUCGCUCCUCUUUCGCCGCCGCCUCGGACGCCGCCUCACGACGCGCCGGCUCAAGAUCCCCGAGCUCACGCGGUCGUGUGCUGGCUGCAACGCGCUCCUCGGCGCUCGCAAGUCGGUCUGCCGGCUCUGCAACGAGUACUACUGCUUUGACUGCACGAGCGUCCAGCGCGCCGAGACGGCCGUGCACGUGCCACUCCUCGAGCUCCGCGUCUGCCACGACUGCGUUCAGCGCGCCAAGGACGGCAGCGACGUCGACUUUACCACCGACCACGUCGACCUCGCGCCGUUCAUCAACAGCGGCUGCCACGACCCGGCGUGGCUUUUUGCGAUUUCGGAUCGCGCCAUGUUCCGCAUCAGCGAAGGCACGUCCGAUGGCGCCAGCACGCCCACGUGGCCCGACCCGUAGCGCUGCUGCCAACCUCUAUCUAUUCCUAGCCGGUCCCCACUAGACGACUAAUCUGCACCGUAUAAUAUCUUAUUGCGCCCGUCGGAUCGAACGACGGGCUCGCGUCA